CAGCGGUCGUCUCCUCUGUGGCAUCCCCGUUUCUCGCAAGUCCUCAAAUGUGCGACUUCCACCGUCGGCAGGAGCAGAGGAUGUCGAGGGCUGAUUCGUGUUAACCACAAACGUUAAUAUGAGGAUAAAGAGAUAAAAACCACGACCUUUUGAAGUUCCAGUUAAGUUAAAAGAGGGUGGAGUGAUGAUGUUUGCUGUUGACUGAAGUCCACUCUGAGAAACAAAAUGAAGAGGAGGCUGCUUCGUGGUUUCCUUUCGGAAGUUUCCAUCCGGAUGGCGCUGUUAGUGGUGUUCCUUGUGACGGAGCAGCUUCCUCCUUUCUACCGUGAGAUCCAGGCAGAGGAGAUGUGGUUGUAUAAAUUCCAUCGUGUGGAGAGAGACCACGUACCCACCUCUCUCAUGUUUAGUGUGGCAGUUUUCACCCCGCUGAUUGUAAUCCUGGUUUUCACCUUUAUGAAGAAGUCAGAGCGAGGAGAUUUGAAAGAAGCCUCGCUGGCUGUGACUCUGACUCUGGUUCUGAAUGGAGUUUUCACCAACGUCAUCAAACUUGUUGUUGGCAGGCCGCGGCCAGACUUCUUCUACCGCUGUUUCCCAGAUGGUCACAUGAACCUGGAGCUGCGCUGUAGCGGUGACCCAGAUGUCGUCAUGGAGGGCAGGAAGAGCUUUCCCAGUGGACACUCUUCCUUUGCCUUUGCAGGUUUGGGUUUCACAGCACUGUACAUCGCAGGAAAGCUUCGUUGCUUCAAUGCAGCAGGCCAAGGCAGAGCGUGGCGGUUGUGUGCCUUCCUCACCCCUUUGCUCAUCGCAACUGUGAUCGCCCUCUCCAGAACCUGCGACUACAAACACCACUGGCAAGAUGUGUUAGUGGGUUCUCUGCUGGGCCUUUCCUUCGCCUGGCUGUGUUACAGGCAGCACUACCCUCCUCUUCAGGACCCCGACUGCCACAGACCUCUGCGUCACAGAGAGACUGUUCCCGCCGCACAAGAACGCAAGCUUGCCAAUUCCAACUACAUCCUACCCCUGUAGAACAGCUGUAACUGGAACCUACUCUUCACUGAUGUAAUUUAUACAGGGUUACAUUGUCAUUCUAAUUCUGGUUUUUACACCCUUAGGGCUGGGCAGUAUAUCAAUAUUUAUUGUUUAUCGUCGAUUAUCGUAACUUUACAGUAGGAAUUUUCUUUUUAUAAGGUGACUUCUUUCUAAACUGAAAUUUCAAGCUCAUUACUGAGUCAGAUAUCUCUCAGCUGAUUUCUGAAACACUUGAAAGCUCCAUAAAAUAAUGAUGCCAUUUUAAAUGUCCAGUGUGGUGAACAUCAACCACACUGACAACCUGAUAAGUGUAUAUCCAAACUCUGAAGUGAUAUUACUCUCUGGAUAUUUCAAUACUGGAGGUCUUCUGAUUAUCAUGACAUUGUUUUCCGUAUGGCCCAGCUCUACACACCCCGUGUAUUGUGCCUAUAGGUCACAUGACUUUAAAUACAACAGCUGAGCAGGUCAACUACACAACCACUGCACUAAGUGUCCACUGCCCAUCAGUUUGUGGCUCAGCUGUUGUGACACAGUUUCUCAUGUAGGGUCACUAUUUUGUGAUUGUUUUUGUAAACUUGCAACUUUUUAAACAGGCAGAGUUGGAGUUUAAGGGAAAAUGCCUGUAUACAGUAUUUUAAUUUCUGUGCAUGGAUGCUCAUUAUUGACUUCUAGGAACAGUGUAUAGUAAGGAGAGUGCAAGCUCAAAAAUCCACUAACUAAUGAGUCAUAGUUUUUGAUGGCAUCUCAUGGUCUUGGCUCAGUAAGAGACUGAACAAACAAGGGAAGCAGAAAACAUCAGCUCCCUAUUAACACCUGACCAGCUGCAGAUUGAUGGGGAAAUGUCCAGUACAGUCAUAGUCUGAUCUUUGAGUAGUUAUUUGGGUUUAAAAGUCUUGCUCAUGGGCAUUUGGGUGGCAGUAAUGAGGGAGGAACAAACACCGUUCUUUCAGUUGUCGCUCAGAUUUAUAAUGUAGGUUCAGGGAAACCAGUAACCACCUCAAACCAGUAACCACCCAGUUACAAGCCCACUUCUUAAACCUGUAGAGAAAGAUACUGACCACCUGUUAUCACUUGACUGAAAACGUUUAACAUCAUUGAGCCAGCUGCCUUCGCUGAAGAAGACUGUGAGAUGCGAUUAAAAGCUCCAAAAUAAGUGAACCUUUGAGCUCAUAUAUUCUUCACCUUAUAAAACUUGACUUUUCAGAAGGAGACAGGGAAAGUAAGAAGUGUUGAUGUUGGCUCUUCAUAUCUGAAAGGGGUGGGUGACGUGGAUAAAACCCAUUUGGCAUGGUAUAUGUUAUUGUAUAUCACAAUAUAUUUUGUGUUAAAUACAUUUUCUGAAAAAUUAUUAAUGGAUGAAAUACCCAGAUAGGAAUGUCUGGUUAUUUUAACCAUUAUAACACUGCCACUAGGUAAUCCAGCACAAUGAUUUAUAGCAGUGUCAAUAAUUGUGCGAUCAGAGCUGUGAAAGAAUAAAGCUGCCUGUAUUCUGUAUUUUCUGAUUGUCAACAAAUCCCGUGAUUAGACCAAAGCCGACAAUGUGUUAGUCUGUCUUGGAAUACUUUGACUUUCUGAUCUGUGGCACUCUGCCUCAAACACAUUCGCUCCUCCUGAAGAUGUAAAUCUUUUAAUUGUCACAUCACCCACCCCUAUCUGAAAGUCACCACCUCAGUUGCAUGUAAAGACAGGUCAGUCAAAAAUAACUUCCUUGUGUAAAUCAGCACUGCAUCUUUGGUCUCUGCAGUUUUUGCUCUACUGCCUCUGUCUCCAGUGCUUUAAAUCUCUCUGUCUUCCUAUAUUAUAUUUGAAUGUUUCCAUUCAUAGAUUUUUUUUUUUUGAGUGACAUCUGGAAAAGGGUUCAUCAGCCCAGUACUCAGUGUAACAUCCCAAUGUAGCAGCUCCACUCAACUCUUCUCGCAGUUUUUGUAGUGCCUGCUGUAUUUUAAUUCCUUAUGACAAACACAAGUAAUGAUGACACCUCUGCUCUAACUGGACAGCACAUCUACUAAUAACAUCAAAGUUAAUAUGACUGUAAAACCAGUAUGCGAUAAAUGUUUUCCAACGUCAGCGA